AUGACCGCUGCGCGCAAUACAACGGUGUUGAACAGGUCGGAGAGCAACCGGGAAAGCGAAAGGGAAAGAGAACGAGAAAGAGAAAGGGAGAGAGAACGAGAAAGAGAACGAGAUAGGGAAAGAGAGGGCGAAGGCAACGCAAGCGCAAACAUACCUCGGUAUCCCACCAACGCGAACAUACGACAGCGACUGCACGACAACAUCAGCGCCCUCAACGGCUUGGUCAAUGAAGCGAGCAACAACGCCAACAAUAAUAAUAAUAAUAACACCACAACUCUUCCGACCUCGAUCCUCCUGAAUCAAAGGCCUCCAGCCUCGGAUGCCGAACCACCGCCUUACUUGAGUGCCAACUUCGCCUCCAGUCUCCCGAGCCUCCGUCCACGAUCGUCCACCGCCAGCCUUGCGCCCUCACUGGCCUCGCCCAGCCUCUUCGAAUCUUCCCGUCGACCUUCCACCAGAAACGGGCCGCCACCUCCUCCCCCGCCCAUCAUGUAUCCGAAUACCCAAGCCAAUCCCUCGCGGCCCUUCGCCGUCCCGCCCCCGCCUCCCAUGUCGCCGCCUAUGCCCGGACAAAUGAACAAUAUCAUGUCCAUACCGCCCCCUCCGCCGAGGUAUCCCAGCGCGCCAUCCGCAGCAGUCGGGUUACAACUGCCCCCUCCGCCCUCUGGUCCACCUCCGAACAGCGCCAUGAACUCGCAAGCGCCAUGGCAAGGUAGCUGGGGGCGAAUGUAUGAUUCAAGGACAGGCAUGGCUAUCCCACCCCCACCCUCUGGGGGACCACACAGAGCCUAUGACCCGAAGCUUCACUCGCAAAUGUCCGGUACCAACCUUGCCGGCACUUUGUCUAUACCACCACCGCCGCCCUCGGAGCGUCCAGGCAUGUCGGCCACCUACAUACCACAAGGCGACACAUAUGGAGAGGGCGUAGGCAUACCUGCCUUCGACUUCGAUGAGCCUGCAGCCCUGUAUACACCACAGAAGACCUGGCCAGCAAAUGGUCAGAAUGGCACUAUUGACACUGCCAACACAACCCCCGCCGACAAUGACAGCCGAGACAGGUUGUAUGCCAGUGCCAUGUCAAACAGAAUGGCUUCCACUGCCUCCAAUGCUCCAUCCGGAGUCACUCCCGAGUUGGCCGCCAAAUGGCCCUUGGACCAUGUCCUCCUGUGGUUGGCUACUAACCAAUUCUCAAAGGACUGGCAAGAUACGUUCAAAGGACUGAAUUUGCAUGGAGCGCAGUUCCUUGAACUUGGCAGUGGUCAUGGAGGCAGAGGAAACUUUGGCUUAAUGCAUCAGCAAGUUUAUCCCCGACUAGCCCAAGUGUGCACCAAAAGCGGUACUGGAUGGGAAUCGGUUAGAGAAAGGGAGGAAGGAAAGCGCAUGCGGCGGCUGAUACGCAAUAUUGCGCAUAGUGGAGGACUAUCCACACGCCCAAAAGAAGGUACAUCGAGCGCACCGCCAAACAACAAUCAAGGUCCCGGCACGGACAUUGAGUCGCCCAACACGCCCAUCAAGGCGCCUGGGCAAGGUUUUGGUGCGAGACGUUUCUCCCAGACGAGAUCUACUACAAUGCCAACUCUCAGCGGUAACACAAUGAGCUCGGAUGCCAACCACAGGACUAUUCUCAAGAAUAUUGAUAUCGAGAGCACUCGGAGACAUAGUCCUGUUGGUAAUGAUGCUGAUGACAACUAUCGCGCUGCAGCUUUUCUGGGCGACAGCCCGAGUAGGAGCCCCAAACCUGGUUCUGGCUUGUUCCCCCAGUCUGCUGGGAAUUUGUCAGCUUCUUCACCUUCUGGUAGAUUUGGUCAUCGGUCCAGAGAUAGCACCAGUUCCGUGUCAUCAAACGCCGCCAUCUACGGUUCUGGCGUGCCACCCGAGGCCAGCCAAAUGCUGCGUAAUGGGAUGAAUGGCAUCGGCGAGAUGUUGAAUACAAACCGCAAUAAAGACGGCUCUGGACAAUCCCCUUUAGAACCUGGCGACCGCUCUGCUGGGGCUGAGCCACCCGGGUCUGCAAAGCACGACAAGAGCUUCCUAAGCUUUUUGAAACGAAAGAAAAGAGAGGACGGAUCUGCUGCGUCUCCUGAGGAGGGGGAUGUUCAAACGAGUCCAAACCUUUCCAAAGCUUCCUCACUUGCAAGGGGUAAUGGCGGUACUGAGCUGGAUACCUCCUCAUUGGAUACUGCUCCGGCUUUCCGCCGAAACCCCAAUGCUCCACGGGCUUUUGUUCUAGCAACAAUGGACGGAUGGAACUAUCGUAUGUGCGAUGUUACAGACUGCCAGACUUCCAUGGACUUGCGCGCCAAUAUCUGCAUGAACCUGGGCUUACCGGAUCCAUCCUUAUCACAAUUGUUCAUCACAGAACUUGGACGUGGUGAACACGACGAGCCGCUUGAGGACCAGAGCUUGAUGAUCCACAAAAGAAACAAGGCGGAUUCACUAGGCACCCUGAAGUUCUUUGUCAAGCUUGGCAAUCCAGCCACACAGCCUGCUGUGCCUGGGUCGCUCACUCCAGGAUAUAUGCCCGCCGGUGCUUCUAUGGACGAGGAUGCAUACGCGCGCCUCGAUGGUCGUGAGCGAUCAAGUUCGUCACCACCCACCUCGAGGGUGAACAUUGUGAGCGAGGGAGAGCCAGAUCCCAAUGAGCUAGCGCAAAAGGCCAUGGAUUAUAAAGCAAGUGUCGAAAAGCAGCAAGCAGCAUAUCUAGCCAGAAGGAAGCAAGCGCUCGAAAGAUCGUCACCUCAGGACAACAGUCCACAGUACGGAAUUGUUGGAAGGAAUGUCGACUUUGACCAGCCUCGUAAUUCGCCGUACGAGGAGAAGAAACCUGAAAACUUGUUUCCCCAGCGUCGAGCACCUGCUCCUCCUGGGGUUGAGACAGCUACCCUCCUCAAGGCUAAUUCACUGAGUAGGAAGUCCGGCCACCAAAUGCGGCAAUCUCAAACUAGUCUCGAUGGAUUUCCCACUCCCAGGCGGCCGGGUACCUCAACUAGCGACACGAAUCAAGAAAUGUCUCAACGGCGACCCCCUCAAUCCGGUAGGGAGCCUACUGCUUUUGGUGCUCUAUUGGGCAUGGGGAGUGCUCUUAGCCAGCUCGGUCGCCCUACUGCAGGUGCUCGCCACCAGAGACCUGCUUCGCCACCCAGGGUGAAUUCUGGUCCUGCAGCUGCCCCUACACAUGAUGAACAACGAGGUAAGCGCGCUAUGGCAUCGGUUGAUCUUGACCAGACGGCCGUCGGUCGCAGUAGUCCGCGAUCUGGCUCACCCGGGACUUUUACGUGGAGCCGUGGAGAUGUUGCAUUUGUCGUUCCGGACUACUCGCCCGGCGGCACGCCUCUGAAUGAUGCCCGGAAUAAGCUUGAAGUUGGAGACCUUGCUAAAGUGCAUGAAACAGCACAUCGAGCGACAUCCCCUGGUGGCGUGAGUCCCAAUUCGGCACGCCCAACUGGUAAUGGCUUCAGCCGCCCCGAGCCUCAACGACGCAAAUCGCAUGGUCCUGAUGUGGAUUUCGAAGAGGCGGAUGUGCAAUUUUCCAAGCCGGCAGCUCCUGUUUUACAAAAGCAUGACUCCUCCGACGACGAUUCAGAUGACGGACUGUUUGCUGUACCCGUACGGGGCCGGCAGCCGUCAACAAAGAAACCUAAUCUUACUUUAAAAACAUCACGGUCCAAGAAGCAACUAUCGGUGUCUUUUGGGUCGCCGGGUUCUAACAAUAUACCCGAUUUAGAAGGAGAUGAUCCUAGUGUGCGCAGUGGGCAAAGUUCACGUCGGACUCCAGCGACACCGCGGUCGGAUUCGAAAGAGUCGGACGACGGUAAGCUUGGACGGCGCAAAUCGUUCAUUGAGCGUGAUCAUUGGGCCGCCCGCCCACCCGCUGAAGCUUUGCUGGACAACCUCGAUGCAUUCUUCCCCGAACUUGAUCUCGAUCAACCUGUCCUUGAUGAGGCGUCACUUCAAGAACCUCCCUCACCAAGCUCGCCAGGCAUCGAUGCCAUUAUGAAGCAGGGUGGCGAGCAUUCCAGGGCCACAAGCAACGAGUCUCUUCAAUUGCCGAUGCACGGCACCACCACGGCACGGUCCUCUGUAUAUAGCGACAACGACACACUUGGUUCUGACGAGUCAACUCUCAAAGCUCUAGAGCAACGACCACAGUCUAUCGCAUCCGUCGCGCAGAGAAGUAUGAGGCGCUCGGGUGGACUUGGCCGUAUGAAGUCCAUUCGUGAAGUAGCCCGCGGGGCGCAUGAAGCUAACAAGCGCUUCACCACUGCUUCAGCAGCAUCCGGCGCGGGAGGCGCAGCUUCCAUGAUACAACGACGCAAGAGCACCAAAAUGUUUGGUGCUCAUGUGGUCCAAAUUCGACCCGAACGUGGUUCGAUGAUCGACAUCCUACCUGAAAUUCCGCAAGAUACUCUGCCCAAACGCCAGACAACUUUCCGCUGGUUUAAGGGUGAGCUAAUCGGCAAAGGAACAUAUGGCCGCGUUUACCUCGGAAUGAAUGCUACAACGGGUGAAUUCUUGGCUGUGAAGGAGGUCGAGGUUAACCCCAGAGCGGCGGGGGGUGAUAGCAACAAGAUGCGCGAACUUGUUGCUGCCUUGAACACGGAAAUUGAAACCAUGCAAUACCUUGAUCACGUCAACAUCGUUCAAUAUCUUGGCUGCGAGAGAAAGGAAACGAGCAUCAGUAUUUUUCUCGAGUAUAUUUCUGGCGGAUCGAUUGGUUCCUGUCUACGCAAACAUGGCAAGUUCGAGGAGCCUGUCGUCAGUUCCUUGACACGGCAGGCACUGUCCGGUCUAGCCUAUCUGCACCGAGAGGGUAUCUUGCACAGAGAUCUCAAAGCUGACAACAUCCUACUGGAUCUGGACGGCACGUGCAAGAUUUCCGAUUUCGGUAUCUCUAAGAAGACGGAUGACAUUUACGGAAACGACAAAACAAACAGCAUGCAAGGUUCCGUCUUCUGGAUGGCGCCAGAGGUGAUCCGUUCCCAAGGAGAAGGAUACAGCGCAAAGGUUGAUAUCUGGUCUUUGGGCUGUGUGGUGCUCGAAAUGUUUGCUGGACGAAGGCCUUGGAGUAAAGAGGAGGCAGUCGGCGCCAUCUACAAGAUCGCGAAUGGAGAGACGCCGCCGAUCGCGGAUGAGGUUCGCGAAGCCAUAAGUCCCUACGCUCUUGGCUUCAUGCUGGACUGUUUCACGGUGGACCCGAGGGAACGGCCCACGGCAGAGCGCUUGCUGAUGCAGCAUGAGUUCUGCGAACUCCAGGAGGAUUACCACUUUUUCGACACGGACCUAUAUGCCAAAAUCCGUGGUACUUACAGCUGACCGAACUGAAGUAUUACUCAGUCGAUAUUUACUCAGUCAAUACUCAAAAAAAAUACUAGGACAGGUUGAGCAUUCUGUAUAUCACUGGAAAUUCAUUUUGGGUAUGACGCAUGUGUUAUGACGGAUAGCGACUUAUUGUCUCGAGCAUGGCGUCGGGUGUCCUUUUUUGAUAUUUUUGAUAUUUUUUUACAAGUAACGCUCAGGAUAAACCUGUAAGAAGUCGGACUGUGCCUUCGCUGGAUAGAGGUAGCGGUGUAUAGAUUAUGGUGUAUUAGCGAGCUUGCAAGAUAUUGAACAUUAGUUGAAGCCAUCGUCCUUGUUUCCGCAUAUAAACCCAGCUAUUGCUAUUGCGGCUCAUGUUCAUUUAUAUUUCCAAUUUAUUUGCUUUUGGCUCAAAAAUGGCGAGACUGCUUCUCAUAUAUCCCUGAUCGAGUUUAUAAAACAGUAUAUUCCCAGGGCCUUUGUAAUAUUGUCUGGAU